UUCAACUCCAAAGACGGAUCCCGUCGUUUCCUUGUGCCAGAUGUGAUUUCACACGAAAGUCGUUUCUUCUAAAUAAUCAAAACAAGCAGCUUUGGAGUCAAGUGACAGUGAUGUGUGAUUGGCCCAGUUUAUGCCAGCCAUGGUGAUGGACCCUCCCCCUGGAUCGUGACACAAUGAGACUAUAGCAGUGGGUGUCAGACACCCGCAACACCCACCCCUCAGUACCCCUCAGACCUUUUCCCUCUCUCCCUUGGAUUUUAAGGGGCUUUGGCAGCAGCUCCUUGCCUCCUGACAGACUCGUUAAUCUCUUGUAAACAGGCCAUUUGGCAUCAGGACACUUCUCAUGGAUGCCGCUGUUGAACAUUCUGGAAGGAAGUAGAGAGCAAAACGAAUCCUGAUAUACAUUCUACACAGAAGCAGGAAGUGACAUGAACUGCCACGUCCUUGCUAAGCAUGGGAGCAUGAUGAACGUGCCUGUGAAACUGCAUGGAUAACAAAAAGCAAAGCUCAACUUGGAGAUUUACCUUAUUUGUCGCUGUUUGAAGACCCACCCAUUUUAAGUGCCUUCUGCAUUUUGUGUCCACCCCUUCACCAUAUCACUGUUUACAUUUAAAUAUUUGCCCAGCUGAAUCAGGGCUGAAAAGGAAACUUUCUUAUAUAGGUGUAUUCAUAUCUUGUUUAAGUAUACAAACUACAUUAUUUUUAGUUUCCUUGUGUUACAGUUCAUCUGUAACUGCGCAUCAUUCUAGAGCUUUGGAUCUGUCCAAACGCAUCUGUGGCGACAUUUCUCAUGCCUUGCAUUUGGCCUGCCCUUGUUGUCAGGGAUGCGACCGCCGUAGGUUGAGUAAACCUUAGUCACACUCUAUUCUUUUUCUUUUCCUCCUGACGUUGAGUAAAAUAAGCAGUGUGAGAAACUCUUGACACACCCACCAGCAGCAUGCCUAGUCUGAACUCCAAAUGGCGAUACCUGAUCAUGUUGUUGGGCGUCCAGCUCAUCGUUAUGGCACUCCUCGCCCGGGAGGGCUACCAGAAGAGGGUGACGUACUUUUUCCGGCUAUUCCGGAAGCUGGACACACUGUCAGGGCAGGCAACGGGGGCAGCAGGCCACGGGCAGAACCGCACCGGUGCAGAUGUCUACACCAAUCUGUCGCACCUGAUCUUCGUGCAGAACAAGGAGGACAUGCCCUACUGCCCUAAAACGUCCCCGCUUACUGUUGGACCAAUCCAUGUUAGCUUCCCCUCGGGGCUCACUCUUGCCCAGGUAGCACGGAAGAACCCAAUGGUGGUACGUGGGGGGCACUAUCGGCCGCCAGACUGUGAGGCACGUCACCGCACAGCCAUAGUAAUCCCCCACAGAAACAGAGAGCACCACCUGAAGUUCCUGCUCUACUACCUACACCCAUUUUUACAGCGGCAACAGCUUAGCUACAGUAUCUACGUCAUCCACCAGGCUGGCAACUACACGUUUAACCGAGCGAAGCUGAUGAACGUGGGCUUUCGUGAGGCCAUGCGCGAGGCGGACUGGGACUGCCUCUUCUUCCACGACGUGGACCUGAUCCCAGAGAACGACCGCAAUACCUAUACCUGCGACCAAUACCCCAAACAUGCUGCUGUCGCCAUGGACAAGUUCGGAUACAAGCUGCCCUAUAAUAUGUACUUUGGAGGAGUUUCAGCACUGACCCCCCUGCACUACCUCAAGAUGAAUGGCUUCCCCAACAACUACUGGGGCUGGGGUGGAGAGGACGACGACAUUGGAAUCCGGGUGUCUCUAGCUGGAAUGGUGAUCACCCGUCCCUCCCUGAACGUGGGUCGAUACAAGAUGAUCAAACACAAGCUUGAUGAGGGCAAUGAGGUCAACCCAAAACGGUUUAACAUGCUGGCUAAGACCAAGCAGACAUGGAAGCUGGAUGGGAUGAACUCUCUGGAGUACGAAGUCCUCUCUCGGGAAUACCUUCCCCUCUACACCAACAUUACAGUUAACAUUGGCAUUGAGGAAGGAGCACCUGCCAACCCACACACCCAAUUGGAGGGUAUGCCCAAGGAGGUCCUCAAAGACAAUCAGUCUCUUGAUAACUGAUCUCACUCCCACUACCCCAAACAAACGCAACCCAUUACCAAGUGCAGUGACUAGGUUGAGGGAAAUCAUGUCUUUACUGCACUCCUUUCUUUAGUUUUGAAAUGCUGGUGCCAUAAUCCGUCUCUUUCCAUCUCUCUCUCUCGCUGGCUUUUCUGCUCGCACAAUCUCUCACCAUGUUGGCUUUUCUGCACAUUCUGUCCUUCUCCAUUUGAUUUACCUGAUCAGUCAGGGCAGUGCAGACCUUUUCACUUCCAUGUCCAAAUGUGGAGAGAGAUCCAGACUGAUGGGAAAUUCUGUGGGUGAUUUCUACAUCCCUCGGUCAAGAGUACAGAAGGACUGUGACUUGCACACUCUGUCCUGCAGCACAACAGUGACUGUCCUCAGUGCCAGACAGGUGCUGGCUAAACCGCCGUGGCCUUAGACUUAAGCUGCACUCUUUGUCCUCUUGAGCUCUUCUGUUGUUUUUUGAUACUGUCUAACAUGCGGGUUCAGGUUCUUGUUAAAAUUCCAGCAUUAACUCAUGCAUUUUAUGUCUAGGAAGGCCAGAGCAUUGUGAAACUGGCUAAUCUGGAAGUGCAGACAGCAUGGGUUUUAGCUACAUUUGUUUGCCAGUUGGAGUUACUACUACUCUGCUUUUUAUGAACUAAAAAUGAAAGUAGAGAUGAACACUAUUUUUAAACUUUCUAUGGGAUUAACAAUCCAAAUUAGCCUGCUCUUCAAACUCUUUUGUAACAGUUACCACUGCUCUACAUAUGUGCAAAACAUUCUCCUCUUUCUCACUCUGCUACUGCUUCUGUCUGUCCACAUCUGAGCUAUUUUAUCAGUCUGUUCUUUUUAUGUCAUUCGCUGGAUUGUGUGGGGGUUGUUUGUGGCAGGGUUUUGUCGGGCACUAUUUUAGCUCGUUACUAGAUAUUUAUCAUUGUUGUAUUACAGUGACUGGUGGUAUGUAGGUGACAUGACUCAUUUUUCUCCUCCUGUUUGUCAGAGCUUCACCACUGUUUCUAUGCUUUGCUGAGUGUUCUUUGGGGGAAAUGGGGAAAUUCCUAAGUGUGUCUUUGUAUGGUUUGACCUUGCUUACAUAAUGGACCCCAGAGUGCCAAGAUAUGGUUAAGUGAAUACCUACAAAGCAUUUUUUUUGUUUGUUUGUUUUUUUAAAUCCACAGAAUAUUGAUGUAAAGAAGAAAUGUCAGUUAUGCCUUGCACACCUUUAGACAUUGGAACUUGCUGAGAAUGAUCUUUAAACCAACUGAACUGAUGUUCUGGCACUCUGUUUAGACAGUUAAGUUUUAGAGAUUUUGUCUGUCCUUAAACAUGUACUGGUACUAGCUCAGUUAACCAGGUGCUGCUCUUAAUAACUGGUUAGCCUGAUGUUUAGCAUCACUUAGCAGUAGUCUGCACUGAUUGAUUCCAUUUGAAGAUCACAUAAUGAAUCAAGUCUUCUUUCUAGAAUUUUUUUUUUCACUUUCAAAAUGGUUUUUGACCACUCUUAGUUUGUGAUUAGUUCUUAUUUAAUGAGUGUGGUACACUCCAAUGGUUUAUUGUAAGACUAGAAGAGCUCAUGCCAUUGUCCUGGCUCAAACCAAAGAGUCAUAGUCUGUAUAGCUGUAUGACACAGACUGGUCCGCUGGACUAACACACCGACAGUAAUGUGAUGAAUGCAAAAGCAUGAAGUGUGUCUGUGUGUGUGUAUAAAUGCAUUGGUGCUGGGUAAUAGGAGUGUAGUAUGGAUGAAUGAGAUGUUCUGAGUUGGCCGAUGUAGUGGGGGCUAUACUUUCCCCUUGUGCUCACCAUAGGAAUACUUCGAACACGUCCCCCCUAUGCUGGUCGUAAGAGUAAUUUAGAUACAUUUGAUAUUAGAAGGGCAGAUAUACCAAAUAUUUUCUUUUUCAGACUUUUAACUAUGUGGGUUGUUGCACAAAGCGAGAUGCAUCAGUCUGGCAGAUUUCUUGAAUCAGGCUUAAUUAACCCAAACUGGUAAGGGACAUUUGUCACAUUUGGCUUGGGAUAUCUACUCCCCCGCCCCCAAUAAGUCCUUUUACAGUCUGAAUGAAGUGUACUUCAGGACAGACCAGCUAAAAGUACUUGCCAGUGAGAUUAAUGAACUCCAUCUUAUUUCCUGUGAUCAUCCUUUGCCUGUAUUCCAGCAUAUCCAAGCCAUAAAGGGAAAAUAAAUACAGUAGCAAAAUAAGCCACCACAGUUUUGGACUAGGUUUAGGGUUUAACGCUAGCAAAUUUACUAUUAUUCUUCAGCACCAAUAAAUAAGUAAAAUGUAAAAAUGCAAAGUGAAGAUGGGUACCUGAGAUUGCUGACCUACAAGAAAGUCUUUUGUUCUUGUUUGGAAGUAAGCAAACAACACCACCAACUCAAGC